UAAUAUGUAAAAACAAACCUUAGUACGGCUUCAGAGUUGUUGCAAUUAAGGUGUUUUGAUAAACUGAAUAAAUAAAUAUUCAGUGACGAGGUGGUUGUAUUUUAACGAUGAAGUUCUACAUAUUGGCACUUGUCCUGGCAGUUGCUGAUGCCGGUUUAAUUUUUGGUGAUACAAAUUGUGUGAUCAUUCACAAUGUGAACUUCGAAAAAGAAAUCCUCAAAAGUGAUGUUCAGAGUCCAUACCAACUUGCCAUCGAUCAUGAUACUAAUACUUUGUUCUUCAGCUACACUGCAAGGACUGACGAAAUGUUCAAAAUUGCUUACCUGAGUCUGAAGACUGGUGAUUUCGGUAUCGUUUCUGGUAUCCACGGGGGCUUUGCAACCGCAAUAGACAGAAUGAGCCACGUUAUUUACAUGGGAGGUGAUGAUGGCAUAUAUAGAUUUGAUUACGACAACAAGGAUGCCACUAAUCUGCAUAUCAACGAAAACUCAAAUAUAUGGCAAAUGUUUUACAAAAAUGCGCUGUAUUUCACUACAUACCCCGAAGAGAAGGCAUAUGUUUACAAAUCAAAGAAACUCUACGAAAUUGCUGAUUUACUAAACGUCAAAGUGAUGCUGAUUGCUGUGAAUAGACAGGACAAUUUGGUGUACACUAAUUCUUCUGGAGUGUUUUUGUAUAGCAAAACUGAUGGAAGCACUAUCCAGCUUAACAAUGGUGUUGCCAAUGGAAUCACAGCUGAUAUUGAAGGUAACUUAUACUUCUCAACUGCAAGCGCUAUUUAUUCAAUCGAUGACAAAACAAAUGCCGUUGAAAGAUUAGCUCGACUGGAAAAUACUUAUGGCAUGGCUAUAGAUAACGCUGGAAAUAUUAUUUAUGCAACAGAAGACAGUAUAAUCAGACUCAAACCUUCCAGGAAAGUGUGUAUUGAUGAUAAAUUGUUUUCGAAAAGUGUAGAUGAAGUAUCCGCCAGCUUUCACACUUAGAAACAAUUAAUUUGUAAUGAUAUCUUUGUUAUAACUUUUGUUUAUUCCUUUGUUAGCUUCAUACAUGCAAUUUAUUAUAAUGUAACUAAAUAACUUUAAAUAUUGAAACGUCAAAAGUGAGUUAGCACUAUUAAUGUUUUACCUACUUUAAGAAAACUUGACUAAAAUGCUUGUUUCUAAUAAUUCCUAACGAAUGUACAAAAUUAUAAGACUCGUCUGUAAAAUUAAAUUUUGUUACAAAAA